AUACUAUUCAAUCUAAAUUGCGUCGGAAGUGGUAUCCCCCGGAGUCUUCAAUCUCAAUCCUUCUAUUGGCUAACCCUACACGCGACGACCGUUUUGGACAACGACUUGUCACUUUCUUGGGAAGUAGGGUUCCCCGUUUAGUACUGUCGCCCCUAAUGAUCUAGAACGAAAUCAGCAUAAGCCGUGGUCUGCUGCUGGGACCAACCACGGCUUGCGUUUUCGGAACCCCCGCCCGAGCUUUAGUAUAAUGCUCGACAUCUUAAUCUAAUGGAUGGUAGUCGUAGGGCCGAGAUGGUUAGUGAUCGGCUAUGCUAUACUACGGUUUGGCCAUGUCGAGACGGAGUCCGUUGCCGACAAUAUUGGGUCGAGAAGAAGUUUAUAGCUGGGCGCUGUAUGCUCAAUCGAAUAUAUAAUCGACUUGGUCCCAGAUGCCGUCUCAAGUCAUCCUUAGCUUCACCAUCCCUACAGGCUUAUAGCUUCUGACCUCGAAGAUAAACCAGCAUCAUGUUGUCCCUCGCUGUGUCAGCCGCCCUUCUCGGGCUCGUCUCUGCUCAGCAGGUUGGGAAAGAGCAGACUGAGACUCACCCUAAGCUCACUUGGAAGAAGUGCACCAGCGGCGGUUCCUGCACCCAGACAAACGCUGAGGUAACCAUCGACGCCAACUGGCGAUGGCUCCACUCCACCUCCGGCACGCAGAACUGCUACGACGGCAACAAGUGGACAUCGCAGUGCAGCUCCGCUUCGGACUGCGCCAGCAAGUGCGCCGUCGAGGGCGCCGACUACAGCAAGACCUAUGGUGCUAGCACCAGCGGCGACGCUCUUACCCUUAAGUUCGUUACUAAGCACGACUACGGAACCAACAUCGGCUCCCGAUUCUACCUUAUGAAUGGCGCCGACAAGUACCAGACCUUCAAGCUCAAGGGAAACGAGUUCACUUUCGAUGUUGACCUGUCUACCGUCGACUGUGGUCUUAACGCCGCCCUUUAUUUUGUCGCCAUGGAGGAAGACGGUGGCAAGGCCAGCUACCCCAGCAACAAGGCCGGUGCAAAGUACGGUACUGGUUACUGUGAUGCUCAAUGUGCCCGUGACCUGAAGUUCGUCGGCGGCAAGGCCAACGUUGAGGGAUGGGAGCCAUCCACCAACGACGCCAACGCCGGUGUUGGCCCUUACGGAGCCUGCUGUGCCGAAAUUGAUGUCUGGGAGUCCAACUCUCACUCCUUCGCUUUCACUCCUCACCCUUGCACCACGAACGAAUACCACGUCUGCGAGACCGACAGCUGCGGUGGUACUUACUCUGGCGACCGAUUCGCCGGCAAGUGCGACGCCAACGGUUGUGACUACAACCCUUACCGCAUGGGUAACACCGACUUCUACGGCAAGGGCAAGACCGUCGACACCAGCAAGAAAUUCACUGUUGUCACUCAAUUCGCCGACAACAAGUUAACUCAGUUCUUCGUCCAGAACGGCAAGAAGAUUGAGAUUCCCGGCCCCAAGCUCGACGGCAUGCCAACCACUAGCGACAUCACCCCCGAGUACUGCACCAACGAGUUCGCCGUCCUCGGAGACCGUGACCGCUUCAAGGAAGUCGGUGGCUUCGACCAGCUCAACGCCGCUCUUGACAUCCCCAUGGUCCUCGUCAUGUCCAUCUGGGACGAUCACUACGCCAACAUGCUCUGGCUCGACUCCAGCUACCCCCCUGAGAAGGCCGGCCAGCCCGGUGGUGACCGUGGCGACUGCGCCCCCGACUCCGGUGUUCCCUCCGACGUCGAGUCCAGCAUUCCUAACGCCAAGGUCGUCUGGUCCAACAUCCGCUUCGGACCCAUCGGCUCUACCGUCUCCGUCUAAGCAGCAGCUGGCUAGGAGGACGCCAAGGCUUCGCAGCCGUAUAUACCUGUCUACCAAAAUGUAUAUAUCUACUCCCCUUCUUUUCAGAUUGUUCCCCUUGAGUUAGCUGUAGAGAGAAUAAAAGGAUCGCGUUAUCAUCGGAAAGUAAUUGUGAUUCAUGGACUUUAGGAGAAUGUGACAUGUCAGUUGAGUACCAGGUACCUAAAGCGUUAGACGACCGAAACGCCAACAAAGUUGUGCCAAUGUGUGGCCUGGCAAAGGAAAGAAUGUAUAAUAGCCUUGGUAAUAAUGCUCACGCUCCUUAUAAUAUAUGCCCCUAUGUCUUCUGACGAAGACAAAUGCAAGGGGGUUCGAAUCUCAUUAGGGUCUGAAACCAACGGUCCGACUUCAGGUUUUCCUUAGGCCUUACUGGGCGGGUGCGAAGGUGGUGCUGAUUCAUUAUAAAAAGGGGACUGGUAGUUUUCUCCUAGUAAAAAAUCGGCUAUCUAAAGUCUAGCAACCUUUUGGAACUAAAUAGAAUAAUGUC